GAGCUGUCCAGAUACGAAACAGACUGAGCGGUUUGUCUCCACUUUACGUCCACUUGACUUCCUCCUAUCGCCAAGCUCAACUUCCCCAGAUUGUUGACCGGUCUAGCGUCGGAUUCGUCCGCCGCAUUGUUCCACAUCGUCGGUGUGAAUACCACUCAUGGCUGGUCCUUUGCAUUCCCUACAGCCAUGGGCUUUCGGCCAGCAAAGCAUCAGCACACGUGGGAGUGCACCGGGCCGGCGCUUCUUCCUCCAGUCCCCCUUGCAACGUUCACAGUCGCAUCCCAGCAUCCGCUGUAUCCCAGUAGAUACAACAAGCCUGAUAACGUUUUCCUCCCCCGAAUACUAACUCGUGUAUCCUUUCCGGCAAAGAGGCCCACUUGAAUAUCAAAAGAGUCGAUAGGGAACCGGGAAACGGCGCCGGAAACUCUACCUGCGUGAUGCCUGUUCUGAACUCCCCGCACUUCGUUACACGUGCGGGGAGACAACAUCAAUUCUCCAAGAUGAAGUCCAGCCUUCCAUAAAGGCGCGACCCAUGCAACGCCUCGUGAUAAGCCUCAUAUUUAAUCUACAUCAUCGUGUUGGUAUAGCCCUCUCGGACCAACAGACACACCCUGAAUCAACCCCUUGCAUCGUGCAACCAUCCAAUAAUCAUCCCCGAACCUACCUCUUUCGGGCAUCCUUGGAACAGCACUCUCUCACACACAUACACACACAGACGCAACACACAUCAGCCAACCCCCACAAUGACACCACCAAAGAACGUCGUCUUCGACGUAGUCGGCACCCUCGUCACAUACGAGCACCUCUUCGAAGCCAUCGACGAGCGCCUAGGCGAACGCCUCCGCGCCCGCGGCAUCCAGCCAAAACUCCUCGGCUGCUGCUGGCUCGAGGUCGCCGAGCGCGAGUACACCUACCUCUCCAUGUCGGGCCGCUACGUCGUCUUCUACAAGGUCUUCACCGCCCUUUUCUACCGCUGCCUGCACUACGCCGGCAUCGAGGACCCGCGCGCCUUCGCGAGCGACGAGGACGUCGACUACCUCAUUGGCGAGUGGAAGAGCCUGCGGCUGCGCGAGGGCGCCGCCGAGUGCGUGGCCAAGCUCCGCGCCGCCGGGUUUACGGUGUGGUGCUUCACGGCGGGCGAUAUCGCUCGCGUCGGAGGCUACUUCUCGAGGGGCGGGGUCGAGAUGCCUGUUGAGAACUUGCUCUCGUGCGAUUCGUCUGGCUUGGCGAAGCCGACGCCCGAGGCGUAUACUCCUAUUUUGACGAAGUUGUCUGCUGAUGGGUGCGAGCCUUGGUUUGCGGCGGCGCAUUUGUGGGAUGCAUCGACGGCGAAGACUGUGGGAUUCAAGGCGGCAUACUGCACUGCUCUGGAGGGAGAGGCAUUGCCAGAGAUUUUCGGUGAGAUGGAUGUUGUGGCAGAGACGCUGCCGGCAAUGGCGGACAGAAUUAUUGCUACGUAUGAGAAGUAGACCAC